AUGCCGUCCGACGCGACGCGUCGCAUCGCCGUCAUCGGCGGCGGCGUCAGCGGUCUCAGCGCCGCCUACCUCUUAUCUCGCCCGUCGAUCCAAUCGUCGACGUCAUCACCGGGACAGAAUGAAAAAGUGCAAAAAGCGCAAGUCGUACACGCGACCGAUGCCGCGCGUGCGGUGACGUUAUUCGAGUCCUGCGACGUCCUGGGUGGACACGCGUUGACGGUGCACUCACCCACGGCGAAUGGAGAGGUCGAUCUGGGAUUUCAGGUGUUUAAUUUAACGACGUAUCCGCACCUGGUGGGGUUGUUCGGCGCGCUCGGCGUCGAGAGCGAGCGGAGCGACAUGUCAUUUUCGUGCUCGAGUGGUGAUGUUGAGUGGGGGAGCAUCGGGUUGAAAGGGGUGUUCGCGCAGAAGAAGAACGCGCGAAGCGCGAGGUUCUUGAAGAUGAUUCGAGAGAUUUUGCGCUUUGGCAAGUCGGCGCCCGAGGUGUUGGACGAGAAGCGGGCGACGGAGUUCGAGGAUGUCUCCCUGGGGGAGUAUCUCGAGCGCAAUCGGUACUCAACGUUUUUCAAAGACCAUUACGUGGUUCCCAUGUGCGCCGCGAUAUGGAGUUGCAGCGACGAGGAUGCGAUGGCGUUUCCAGUCAAGACGCUCGUGCGGUUCUGGGUGAACCAUCAUCUGCUCAAUGUCAUCGAACGGCCUCUCUGGCGAGUGGUCAAGGGACGAUCGUCGGCUUACGUCGACGCGAUAGAACGUGAACUCGAUGACGUUCGUAAGGGGGCUUACGUCAAAGCUGUGAAGAGAACAUCGAACGGGAAAAGCGUCAUCGUGACGUACGCGCAAAAAGACGCGAAGGGCAAAACACGCGAGCACUCUGAGGUGUUUGACGAUGUCGUCUUCGCCUGCCACAGCGACCAGGUUUUAACAAUCAUGGGUGAAAGUGCGUAUAAGGACGAGAUAGAGGCGCUGAGCGCUGUGAAGUACCAGGAAAACGAGGUUUACUUGCACACAGAUGCGACGUUGAUGCCGAGGAGUAGAGAUGCCUGGGCGUCGUGGAACUGCCUUCGCGGCGAUCGUCUCGACAUUCCUGAGGAAGAGGCCAAAACUCGCAGCGUGUGUGUGACGUACUGGGUGAAUCUGCUGCAAAAUUUAGCGCCAGGGACGAAGGAUCUAUUCGUGACGCUCAAUCCGCCGCGGCCGCCGCGCGAGGGCUCAGUCGAACACAAAGUCACCCUCGCGCACCCGCUCUUUAACAAGGCGGCGAUCGCCGCGCAGACUCAGAUUCAGGCGUUGCAAGGGAAGGAUCGAGUGUGGUUCUGCGGUGCGUGGUGUGGUUACGGCUUCCACGAGGACGGCAUCAAGUCGGCCGUGGAUUGCUGCGAUAAAUUGCUUGGCAGGUCAUCUGUGCCUUGGAUUCCGAGACCAUGCAAUCCCAAGCUGUCCAGCACGACCAAGGCAGUUCUUCCGCUCUUCCAGCGCGCGUGCACUGGUUGGCUUCCCGCGAAUAAGCGUUUGCGAAUGAUUCUCCCGGACGGAAGCGAGCGUAUGAUGUGCGGGAAGGACGCGGGCGACUCGUCUGAGACAAUCACCAUGACGGUUUUCAAUCAACGCGUCUUCGUGCAGACUAUUUUGCGAGCGGAUAUCGGUCUCGGGGAGUGUUAUAUGAACGGGGACUUCGACGCGGACUUAAUCGGCCUCCUGGACACGGUGUGCAAAGGUCACCCCGGGGCCUCUGGCGUCGAUACUUUGAGUUGCAAGCCGAAGAUGCGUUUCGAUCCCGUCGGACUCAUCACUGAGGCAGUGAAUUGGGUCGGAGCUAAAAUGGAGAUGGCGGCUCACAAGGCGCUCAGUAACACCAAGGAAGGUUCGCGGAAAAACAUUGAGUAUCACUACGACGCCGGUAACGACUUUUACAAGCUAUGGUUGGAUCGAACGAUGCUGUACUCGAGCGCGAUUCACGGAGACAUCGACGACGCAAACAUGUCGGUGGACGUCCUGGACAAGUUCGAAACCUUCGAGGCUCGAGAAAAGCACUUGGAAGCAGCACAGUACACAAAGAUUGAUGCCAUCAUCGAUAGAGCGGACAUUCAAUCUGGGCAUCGUGUUCUAGAAAUUGGCUGUGGCUGGGGCACAUGCGCUAUUCGCAUGGUGCAACGAAAGAAGUGCCACGUCACCGGAUUAACACUUUCGCACGAGCAGCAUGCCGAAGCGACCGCCCGAGUCAAGGCUGCUGGGUUAUCGCAUUUGAUUGACAUCGUCAUAUGCGAUUAUCGAGACGUUAAGGGAACGUUCGACAGAGUGGUUUCAAUUGAGAUGCUUGAGGCCGUGGGGCACGAGCACUUGCCCACGUACUUUAGCACGGUGCACAGGGUGUUGAAGCCGGGAGGUAAGGCCUCGAUUCAGGUCAUCACCAUGCCAGACGGACGAUAUGACGCUUACUGCAAUAGCGAGAGCGAUUUCAUUCGCGCUUACAUCUUCCCGGGCGGUCACUUGCCGUCGGUUGCAGCGAUGAGAGACGCGUCCCCGCGCGGCCUCGUGCUGUCCUCCUACGACGAUAUCGGUUUGCACUACGCCGUCACUUUGCGACUUUGGCGCGAACGCAUGAUGCAUCAUGCCGAGCGCAUACUUUCGAUGGGCUACACCAGAAAGUUCUUGCGCAUGUUUGAAUUUUACUUUGCCUACUGCGAGGCGGCGUUCGCGAACAAGUUGAUUUACGACUUGCAGAUGACUUGGACCAAGGUGAGCGAGGACGUGAAUAUCACAAAGGUGCAAAGAAGUUUCGCGAUCAGACCGUACCUUCUCGAUGCUGGCAUCAUUGGAGCCGGAUGUGCGAUUUACUAUCAACACCAGCCGAAAACUGCAGCGGCGCUUGCAGACGCUGCGGCGCCUCUCAUGGCCGCCUUCGUGGCCACCUUCGGUUUGGUGUGGAUCUUAGCCAUGAUGGCGCUGACCGUUUUCCCGAAGUUUAAACUCGGGAAAAAGGUGAGCAAGGUUAAGUUGGAUGAGGCGUCCACAGCGCACGGAACUCUCUCGAGUCGCGCGCUGGAGCUCUCGAGGCCGUUGAUGAAGGCUAUCGUCUCUGCGGCGAUCGGCUCAGCGGCGUGCGCCUUCAUCGCCGACGCGCCCGAUAUCACGCUGAAAAGCGCCUCAUGGAUGCUUCCGGUGGUUGAGAACCGGAAAACGAGGAAAGCAGCGAGUGAUUUACUCAUCAAGUAUGCCGUGGUGUCCUUUGCACGCGGCGUCACUUCGAUAGCCAGACGGAAGCGCCUCAGCAUGAUGAAGCACAGCGUCGAGCUCAUGACUACGCUCUACGCCAUCCACCACGACUUAUUCGUCGUCGCCUUGGCUUGCUCACUCGUGAUUGAAGUUCGGGUGUUUGCCACGCACUUCCGCGUCUUCGCCCGUGUCGCGAGUGGUUUUCCGCACUACGAGACGUUCGCCUACGCGGCGUCUCGCACACUCGCCACAUUGGCGCUCUACGCCUUCCAGAUCGCCCCCACUCUAUUGGCCGGCAGAGCGCUCGCGCUGCACAUCAAUUCCGAUGUCAUCGAUCCGAGCUCUGGCACUGGCAUCGCCGUCAGCGUCGCCAUCUGCGUCGCCGUCGCGAGCGCCGGUCGCGUGUACGUCCAGGACGUCCAGCACGCCGUCGCUGAGCGCAAAAUCCGCGACCGCAUCCUCUCCGUCGCCACGUCCGCCGACAUCUAG